AUGGGGGCCCCUGACAUGUCUGUCCAAGGAUCUCUAGGCAAAGAAUGGACAGGCUCUCCUCCCCGUGCAUGCUGGCUCACCCUGGGACAUCCGACACCCCCUCUCCUUGGGAUCUCCCAGCAGCCAGAACCAGGCAUCCAAGGACAGCCCCCAGAUUCCAUAGUAGGACACUGCCCCAGCUCUGUGAUGAGGGGGAGAGGGGCCUCUGGGCCAGAUGGAGGGGCCAGUGUUCCUGUCGCACAGCUGCACAGAGGGGAAGGGGAGGGGGUGAGACAAAUCACUGGGAGGUUUUUGUUCAGGGCUGUGUCACUGUGUAUUAUUGUUUUCGGUGGAGGAACCCGGCUGACCGUCAUUGGUCGUCCCAAGGCAUCCCCCACGGUCACUGCCUUUGCUCCAUCCAAACCUGAGCUAGACACACAAAAGGCCACACUUGUGUGCCUGGUAAAUGGCUUCUACCCAAGCACUCUGGACGUGGCUUGGACCAAGAAUGGCUCCCCUGUGAACGAAGGGGUGAUGACCAGCCCUGCAGUCCGCCAGGGUGACAAGUAUACAGCCAGCAGUUACCUCUCACUCUCUGCUGACCAAUGGCUUUCUGACAGCACUUACAGCUGCAAGGUCACCCAUGAAGGCCAGGUCUUCCAGAAGCAGCUGUCCUCAACCCAGUGCACUUAGAUGCCCACAUGCUCUCUCCCUCAUGUCCCACAAUGGACUUCCCCACCUCUUCCCCCCUGCUCCCCUACUUUCAAUAAAGAUCUUCUCCUUUCUCAUUCAA